AUGGGCAAAAAGAGAAAGGCAUCCGGCCGCAAUGCCGAGUCUAGUGGUCCGCGAGACUUUGAUCCAGCCGACGCCCGCCUGGGCCCUAUUUCCACCUACGAGGACGUCGCAAAUUCGGAAGAUGAGCACUUCCUCAACCAAGAUACGAUAAUGCUCGAUGAAGAGCCUGGUAACAAGCGUCGCCGCCAAGAGGAUGAUAUGGAGCUCUCCGACGAAGAGAUUCUUGGCUAUGAAGACUCAGAUUCCGAGGCUGAAUUAAACGACGCCGCCCACCCAUCCGCGAAGAACACCAAGUCAGGUCUAAGGAAAAAGGCAGAUGAUAACGAAGACGACCAGGAAGAAGAGGAAGACGCUGGGUGGUGGGGAUCUUCCAGGAAAGAAUACUACGAUGCCGAUAAAAUCGAAACGGAAGCCGACGCUCAAGAAGAAGAGGUCGAAGCAAAGCGAAUUCAGAAAAAGAAGCUAGCAAAGAUGCAGGAGGAGGACUUCAUCUUUGACAGCCAUGAGUGGCUUGCGGCCGACGGUGAUGCAGAAGACGGCGGCGAAACUGUAACGGAAGUUCUAAAGGAAGUCGAAAUUACUGACGACAUGACACCAAAGGACCGACACCAGCUCCUCGUCACACGAUACCCAGAGUUCGAGUACUUAGUCACUGAACUCGAGGCCCUGCAUCCAAUGCUAGCUAAACUCAAAGCGGCCGCCAAGUCAGCAUCGGCACAAUCGCUGGAGUCCGUCAAGUACUGGGUCCUUGGAUGCUAUGUUGCUACCCUGGCCAGUUACUUUGCCAUCCUCACAGCACCUGCUAGAGACGCCGAGAAAGCCCAGAAGACAACCGACCCAUCUGAGUUACGUGAGCACGAAGUCAUGGAGACACUUAUCCAAUGCCGCAAUGCCUGGACCAAGAUACAAAGUCUGCAGUCUAUACAAAUCGCUGCUGAUAAUGACGACGAAAGCGUCCACGAUGUCACUGCCAGCGGAGAAAUUGUUGUUGAGAAGCCCAGCAAGAAGAAGUCGGCCACCUCCAAGGCUGAUGCGGCGAAGAAGAAGGCUGAGCUAGCUCGAGCAAAGGAGAUCGAGGCAUCCGUUGCCGAUCUGUACAACCUUCCGUUAUCCAAUGGCAAGCCCAAUAGAAUAUCAAGGAAAGUAGUUGCGCCUGUGGAAGAUGAGAACUCCGACUUCGGCGAAGAAGAUACACUCGACGUCCGAACUGCGGCUCAAAAGGCUGCUCGCAAGAAGAGUCUGAAGUUCUACACAUCGCAGAUUGUGCAGAAGGCGAACCGCAGAGCCGGCGCUGGACGCGACGCGGGCGGUGACGAGGAUAUCCCUCACCGCGAGCGUCUCCGUGACCGCCAAGCCCGACUGCUCGCCGCCGCUGAGAAGCGAGGCAAGCGGGACUCCAAGCACGGCGCCGCCCUGGGCGAGGACAGCGACGAGGGCGACGACGUCGCGGCCAAGGCGGUGCGCGGGGAGGAGGACGACUACUACGACAUGGUCGCCCACAAGGCGCGGGAGAAGAAGGAGGACAAGGCGGCGCGCUACGCGGCGUACGCGGCGGCCAGCAAGGCCGACCGGGUGGUCGAGAUGGAGCAGAUCGGCGAGGACGGCAAGCGCAAGAUUAACUACACCAUCGAGAAGAACAAGGGCCUGACGCCGCGGAGGAGCAAGGACGUGCGCAACCCCAGGGUCAAGAAGAGGAAGCAGUACGAGGCCAAGCAGAAGAAGCUGAAGAGCAUGAAGCCGGUCUGGCAAGGUGGCGAGCCAAAGGGCGGAUACAAGGGCGAGCAGUCCGGUAUCAACGUGGCGGUUGUCAAGAGCACGAGGUUAUAA